GGCUGAUGUGGCUCAGCUUCCAACGUCAAUCAAAGACAACAUCUUGACAUUCAACUUUCCCUCUCCCCUUUUCGGCACUGUGCCGUUCUCUCUACUUGGCAUCAAACCUCGCUGUAAUUUUAUGGAAACAAGAGGACAGACGAACCAAACUGUGAUUAACAAUUCUUCCUUUUGUUCAAUUACGACACAUCGCCAACAACCACAACAGCGCCUGUCCCUGACGAUCAGCAUCUUGCUGAACAGCUCACAACUCUCUCCUCAUCCUUCGGACUGUAUAGCGAAUCUCUAAUUGCUGGCAUCCUGCUGCGACGAAGCUGAGGGACGAUUGAUUACACAUCGAGGAGGGCUCUAAGUCAGUAUAUUACCAUAGCCACGAUAGAUCAUGGCGCAAGUACUUCUGGACCUCUUCUACUCGUUCGGGAACUGUCUUAACUGCUUUCCCGGAAACCCCAACCUCAAGAUCAACAACCGGAGCUUCAAGAUCUUAAGACUACUUGGAGAGGGCGGCUUCUCUUACGUAUACCUCGUCGAAGACACCUCAACCCACGAACUUUUCGCACUCAAAAAGAUCCGAUGUCCCUUUGGCGCCGAAUCGGUGCAGCAGGCCAUGCGUGAGGUUGAUGCCUAUCGCCUCUUUUCUCACGUUCCAACCAUCAUAUCCGCUGUCGACCAUUCCGUCGCAACCGAGCGCGGCGCCGACGAGGCGACAAAAACCGUUUAUGUCCUUCUGCCAUACUAUAAGCGCGGUAAUUUGCAGGACAUGAUCAACGCAAACUUGGUCAACCAUGAUCGGUUCCCUGAGCGUCGUCUCAUGUUGCUCUUCCUCGGAGUGUGCAAGGCUCUGCGUGCCAUGCACGACUAUAAGCCUGCUGUGGAGCGCAUGCACAUGGGUCGGGAAGAGGAUGAGCUGAACCAUGGUGAGAGAAACAACACACGAGGAAAGCGAACGGAGGAGGAAGAGGAGGGCGAGCAAGAAAGGGGUCUGCUGGAGGAGGAGAACCAAGUCAGUGGAGGCAGGUCAAUUCAGCACUACGCCCAUAGGGAUAUCAAACCAGGCAACAUAAUGAUCGACGACUCCGGCUCAACCCCGAUCCUCAUGGAUUUAGGAUCUGUCGCUCCCUCGCCAAUUCCUGUUACGUCACAAUCUCUGGCCCUCCAGAUUCAAGACACGGCCGCUGAACAUUCAACCAUGCCCUAUCGUGCCCCCGAGCUUUUUGAUGUUCAGACUGGCAUGGUGAUUGAUACAAAAGUUGAUAUUUGGUCCAUGGGCUGCACUCUCUACGCCUGCCUUGUCGGCAAGUCUCCCUUUGAGAUGCGCUCAGACGAGACUGGUGGUACUCUGUCCCUGUGUGUUCUCGGUGGCGAUUGGCGCUUCCCUGACGAAGGACCUGCUGGCGUCAAGCGUUCUAAUAGCAUGCGCCCGCAGCAAGGACAACAGCAACAACAAGCACCUGCGGUUGAGAUCAGCGAGCCGAUUCGCGAAGUCGUCAGGAAGUGUCUGCGUGUUGAAGCCGCUGAGCGACCGGAUAUUCACGAGUUAAUCGAAAUGGUUGAGGAAGUCAUCGAGGAGCUUCCUGAUGACUCCCAUUAGAUGCCGGCACGACGCGUCUUUUGAAAUGUGCAGCAGAGCGACGAAUUAAAUUUGAAUACCAAUGAAGAUACCUACCUCCUUUGUUGCCCUCAUAUAGCUGGUUGGGUGACCUCCUGGGUCCGACGGUUGAUUUUGUUACAUUUCUUUUUUGUCACUUGAAGGAGACGGCGUUUAGGGUUUGGAAUGAUAGAGCCAUUUGCUGGU